UCUUCUCUCACAUGAGCUGGAUACGGGGCGCCUGACACAUCUCGGCUAGCACAUCUCCUCCAGCGACUGGCCCAUCCAACUGCAAAAAACAAACAAAGGGAAAACCGGGGACCAUCAGCAAUGGACGCAAAAUCUGCAGUGCCCAACCCACACACGCGGUCCCGCCGUCGCAAGCUCCUAUGCAUUGUGCUGCCCAUUGUCGCCGUCUGCAUCCUCGCCUUAGCUCUUGGUCUGGGAUUGGGACUCGGCUUGGGCGGCGGCAGCGACGACAACAACGGCAGCGGCGGUAACGGAUCUUCAACACCUCUACCCAGUCCCAACAGCACACUUCCGUGGGUGCCUGCUGUAGCCGCGACCUGGCAAAUCAUCCUCUCCCACCCGCCUGACCUGUCGUCUGCCCUCACCCCCAACGUCAGUGUCUACGACAUCGACCUGUUUGACACGCCCGCCGACACCAUCAAGCAACUGCAUUCGCUCGGCAUCAAAGUGCUAUGCUACUUCAGCGCAGGCAGCUACGAGAACUGGCGCUCCGACGCCAAAGACUUCAAGGACGCUGAUCUUGGCAAGCCGCUCGACGGAUGGCCCGGCGAGAAGUGGCUCAACCUCAACAGCGAAAAUGUGCGAAACAUUAUGAAGAAGCGGAUUGAUCUUGCCGCUCAGAAGGGCUGUGACGGCGUAGAUCCCGACAAUGUGGACGGAUAUCAAAACGACAACGGCCUAGGUCUCACUUCGCAAGACUCGAUCUCGUACAUGAAGUUCCUGUCCAACAUCACGGCGCCACUGAAUCUCGCGCUGGGCCUCAAAAACGCCGGCGACAUCAUCCCGGCCGUGCUGCCCGUCGUGCACUUCUCGGUCAACGAGCAGUGCGUGCAGUACGGCGAGUGCGAUACAUUUGCGCCGUUCAUCGCCGCCGGUAAACCCGUCUUCCAUAUUGAGUACCCGAGUGGAGCGGGCGCCCAGCAGGGGCUCAAGGAAGACGUGCUCGGCGGCUCGUGCAAGCGCGACGGCAAAGGCCAGGGCAGCCAAAACUUCAGCACCGUGCUCAAGCGCAUGGAGCUCGAUGGCUGGGUCGAAUAUUGCGAUGGCAAAGUCGAGGUUACCAACAUUGAUCAGGCGACGGGAGGUGGCCGCGGGUCAGCAUCGUCAUCGUAAUCACCAUGGUCGUAGCGGACAGCUCCAGCAGCAAGUCCGUGUAGGGAUCCCCUUCCCAAUCACUUUAACAUACAUACAAGUCCGCCAUGUUCAUCCUUUUCGAAAUUCGUCUCCACCGCUAUUAGUAUAACCUAUUGCCACCGGUUCUUCUGUCUGUCUGUCUAUCUAUCUAUCUGUGUGUGUCUGUGUCUGUGUGCAUGUUGGAAGUUAAAUGGCAUGCAAAAAAAAGUUUAAUAAACCAUGCGCGUUGUAAUGAAGUUCACAUGGUUGAUGUAAAAGCCGCAUUCGUUC